AACUGGGAGGAGGUGUUUAUUUCAGGAGUGCUGUAUCGUCAACACAUACAGAAAUACACCCAGACAAAGAAGCAGGGGGCAAGCAUUAGGCCUGCCGGAACUGAAUGAACUAAAGGAGACGGAGCAAUGUGGAAUGCAUUCACACCAAAAUAGAGCUUAUGAAGAGCACGCAGGUUCGGACUAACGAGAGCAUCAAAGCUAACCCCCCUCAACCCUGAUCUCCAGUCCACUCUUUUCCAUUCAUUGAACGUCUUUUGAGCCUUGGAAAAAAGCCAUGAACAAACCGGAAACUCUGGCCAGCUGCAUUGCCAAAAUGUAUGACGGCACCAAGGCCGACACAUCAGGGGCCGCAUCAGGAGCUGUGAGGAAACCCUGCAUAAUCCCUGGCUCCGGGAUCGUGAACGCUCUGGGAAGCAUGGAGGUCAAACUGGUCAGGUUAGAGAGCCACGUGGAGCGGAUCGCCUCUGGCCAUGCUGAUGUUCUCCAGAGGCUGGACAUGGUCUGCAAAGGCCUGGGAUGCUUGGAGAAAGGCCUCGCCCAGAUCCAGAGGACUUUGGGAAGAGAAGCAGAGUGUCAGGCUGUCGAUAAUCAAACAGAUCGCUCGACCUCUUCCAAAGAAGGGGUACAGAACGCAUGCUCUGAGGUCGAGGGACCAUGCUGGGAGAACAGGAAGCUGCUCAAGAACCUCACCCAGGAAGGCAAGAGCCAGAGAGAGAGACUUGCAGGUAUCGAGGAAUCGGUUUCCUCUGUGGACACAAUGCUGGAAUAUAUCGCCGAAGUGUUUCAAAGCUCGAAAGUGGUAGAGUUUACUCUGAAAGGAGACGUGCCGUGGAGAAUUAAAGGCUUGCUUGGAUCAACCAUUUUGAACGGGCAUCAGGGGGAUGAGCAAGAGUACUCCGGAGAACAGAAACCAACGCCUUCCAUCGCAGUUUCCCCAGAGAAAACGCUGGGGGAGAAUGAGGCAUUUCAACUUAUAUCAGAUUCCAAAGUGACUUCACAGGAGAUCAAGGCGGCAAACCAUGACGCUGAUAGUUCAAUUCAAACUGAGCUGGCUCCUCCAACAUCUCCCCAUUGUCCACCCACAAGUGUGACUAUGGCCAAACAAGUAAAUAAAGCCAGUUUUCUGAUUAGAGACACCCCCAGGAAAGGGACUUGUAGAUCCAAAGAGGUGACUCUGAAUAGCAAGAAGGAACCUGGCAGAGAUCAGACCAUUGUGCGGAAGACUCGGGAUUUACUUGGAAAACAGGAGACGGCAACAGGUCAUGUACGAGAUAGACCCUCUGACGCAAAUUCAGAGGAUCUCGCAGGAGUGAUUACCAAGGAACCCAAGUUUCCCGUACCUGCCUCCCUAUCAAAAACCAAGGUCAACGCGCUGAACACCAAGCAAAGUGUUGUUUGUGAAACCAUCUCUGUCGCUGCCAAUGAGCAAGACCACAGCUCCAGCCAUGAGACACCAGCGCUUGAAGAAGCAUCUACAGAACUGAGUCCCAACAGGUGUUUGUGGCAAAGGAACACGAAGGUGGAGGCAGACAAGGGGAAGAAUGCCUUUGUUCAGAUUGAAGGAGUUCUCAGUGAGCCAGGCUCUGUGCAGCAGACCACCCAGCUACAAACAGGGGUACACAAAGAGUUACCAAAGCCUCCUGCUCCGGAAACGGUCUCACUCGUUGGUAGCUUAACAGCAGCCACAGCCCUGCCACAUGCUGUCAUAGAUGACUGUCCCCCUGCCUCUGCCCCCUUCCAACACCGCAUUGUCACUGCCAAGCAGGUCCCCAUGGGCUCCUACUACAGCAUCAUGCCCGAUGAGGUCCUUGGAGGGGGCAGGUUUGGUCAGGUCCAUAAAUGUGCGGAGCUUUCCUCAGGUCUGACCCUUGCUGCCAAGAUCAUCAAGGUCCGGGUAAUGAGGGAACGAGAUGAAGUGAAGAAUGAGAUCGGGGUAAUGAACCAACUGAACCAUGUGAACCUGAUUCAGCUCUACGACGCCUUCGAAUCACGGACAAACCUGAUAUUGAUCAUGGAGUACGUGGAAGGCGGGGAACUGUUUGACCGCAUCGUGGAUGAGAACUACAAGCUGACCGAGUUAGAUGCCAUUGUGUUUACCAAGCAGAUAUGUGAAGGGGUGCAGUACCUACACCAGCAGUACAUCCUGCACCUUGAUCUCAAGCCAGAGAACAUACUUUGUGUGAGUGCUACUGGCAAUCAGAUCAAGAUCAUUGACUUUGGGCUGGCCCGGAAGUUCCGACCACGGGAGAAGCUAAAGGUUAAUUUUGGUACCCCUGAGUUCCUGGCCCCUGAGGUGGUCAACUAUGACUUUGUCUCAUUUCCCACCGACAUGUGGAGCGUUGGCGUUAUUGUGUAUAUGCUUCUAAGUGGUCUCUCUCCUUUCCUGGGAGACAAUGAUGCCGAGACCAUGAACAACAUCCUCCUUGGCCAAUGGGAAUUCGACAGUGAAUGCUUUGAAAAUGUCACUAGUGAGGCCAAAGACUUUAUAUCCGAACUUCUCAUCACAGCCAAAAGUGGACGACUGAGUGCUUCUGGGUGCACAAAACACAGGUGGUUGAAUAAGCUUGAGGAGAAAGCCAAACACCAUCAAGUAACAUUGAAGUCUCAGAUCAAACUGCAGCGCUAUCUGGCUGCUCAGCGCCAAUGGAAGGUACGGACACACUUGCAUAGUAAUAUUAAGCAUCAUAGUGAAACUAAAUUCAACAACGUUUCUCUUUCUUUCUAGAAACAUUUCUACGUGGUAACCGCAGCUAACCGAUUGCAGAGGUUCUCUCAAGCUGCCAAUGCGGUGUAGGCUCCUGCCAUUACAUUUUCAAAUCCAUCCAGAAACUGUUACCACUUUUGUCAUUUAAACCUAUGUAUAUUUUCCCGUUAGCAGCCCCUAGUGGCUUGAGUUGAAGCUACAGAGUUGUAGCCAUAUCUGUUUUUCUCAUGACAGUUAGUCAGCUGAAAAUGUUGAUGCUUCUUAAUGACUUCACAACUCACGUUAUUUGCUAAGGAAACCAGGUAACUGAUUAGAUCGAUUGACUGCUUAAUACAAUGUUUCCAAAGAAAAAUAUUCAAUAUUUUUUUGAUUUAGUAGCAGUAGAAAUGUUACGUAGUGGAGGUUUAAAUCAUAGGCAACCCAUUUCAGAUGGAAACAUUUGGCACAUUAUCGUGGGUUUAUUCUUUCGAGUUGUAAGUUCUGCCUAUGUCAAUGUAUUUUUACUUUUGUUUAGUUCAAAUAUAUUAUAUUGUACAGCACACAGGGUUUACAACUGUUUAGCCAUAGAAAUAUAGUAAUAAUAUAAGUGUAAUAAAAUCUGUCAUCUGAA